GGGGGUGGAGCUGGGGGUGGGGGUGGUGGAAGUGGUGGUGAAGGAAAAUUCUACCAUGACAUUUUUCUGCACUGGAAAGCUCCAGACCAGGUUGAGUUUGGUCACAUUGCAGAAAGUCCUUCUGACUGGGAGCAAAGAUUUGAGAAGAAAGACGGCCACCGCCAUCAGGGCAAGGUGCGCUGGGGAGACAAGAAAGGAGGGCACGGCGAACACUUGUGGGACUACAAUCACGACGGACACGAUGGACAUGACGGUGGAAACUAAUUUUGACGGAAAAGAUUUUGCUACAAGAAACAACCAAAGGAAAUUCAUCCUGAUACUCAUCUUUGUAAUUUUGUCUUCACCUCAUUGAUUUAGAAAGUUGUUGUUCAUUUUUGUGAUUUAUUUUGUUAAAUAAAAAAAGAAAACAAAAAUUCUAGUU